AUGCUCUCCUUACUCCAUCUCCCUCUCAUCCUCGCUGCCGCUGCCUCUGCAGCCUCUGCCUCCGCCUCUACUACCGUCUACGACAAGUGGACAGUCUCCUUCUACAAAGACGAAUUCUGCAAAACGAGCGAGAUCCAAGUCUACAUCGACAACACCACCCUGAGCUGCCAGAACAUCGACAGCCCCGUCACGAUUUACGGGGCACAGACGCAGUUCAACCCCAAGCAGCUGUGCCCGGUCCUCUACGAGGAGCCCAACUGUGCGGGCGCGAAGCAUCAUCCGUACUAUAAUGAUGAGACGCAGAAUAUGUGUGAGGAGACUACGAAGGGGUUCAGGUCUUGGGAAGUUACCACCGAUUGUCCCAAGACCGGAGAGAAGGUAUAUGAAGGGAGGAGGUUGGCAACUGAAGGCUCUCAUUGGAAGACCGGAUUGAACUGGUAUAGAUAUCAGAAUGAAACUCGAUUCCUGAUAAUUUCCAUUGGAAAAAGCUCUGGUGAUAGAUAUGCCCGUCGCAGGGUAAAGAACAAAGGAAAUGGAAUGCUCAAGCGGGGGAAAGGAAUAAAAGAAUAA